AUGGAUCAAGCAUCCUCACUCGUCACAGCUUUGGCAUACAUCGGGCUAGCAUGGUACGGUUUGAUAUGGUCCGUCUGUCUUCUUGGACUGAGACUGUCACGCCAAUUUGCACGCUUAGAGUCGCCGCGAUCGCCGCUCUCACCGCCGCGCUCGUCCAAUAUCCUCACCAACCAAACUCAAGACACGAGCAGUCUCGAUUCGCUCCUUCAGCGACAACAUCUGCAUCAUGAGCAGCACGCCGAAUCCGUGCCUGGCGUUUCUAUCUUGCGUCCUCUCAGCGGUCUGGACAGCAACCUCUACUCCAACCUCUCCUCUUCUUUUACCCAAGAUUAUCCCCAAUCGCGCUUCGAGGUCAUCCUUUCGAUUCGAGAUACCCGUUCACCUGAGUCCCAGAAAGUGCUCAAUGUCGCGCGAAUGGUGGUGGCUGCCCAUCCCCACGUCGAUGCACGUAUUGUCAUAGGCGAGCAAUAUGCAGGCGUCAAUCCCAAGAUUAACAAUCUCGUUCGCUCCUACGCUGCCUCCAAGUACGACAUUGUCUGGAUUGUCGAUAGCCAAGUAUGGUCUCCCUCUGGCGCACUGGCACGUGCCGUUGACAAUCUUUGCGCUGACCCUGUCGACCGGCCUCGCCCCUCACCUAGCUGGCUUCGGCGCAAGCCUCAUGGUGAGCGCGUCGGCCUGGUCCACCAUGUCCCCUUUGCUGUACUUCCGAGUACAUCCUGGGGAUCCAGGAUCGAACGAGUCUUUCUCUCGACCACGCAUGCCAAAAUGUAUCUUGCACUCAACGCCCUCUCGAUCGAUUCGUGCGUCAUGGGCAAGAGCAAUAUGUAUCGCAAAUCCGACCUCGCUGCUGUGCCCGACUCGUUCUUCAACGUCUCGCAUCACGGAAGUCAGGGCGAAGAGGGUGCCAUCGGCAGCUUUGCCUUUUCGCAUGAUUCUCAGCUCACCUCUCCAUCCAGCAUCACCGGAUCCGAUUCCCCGUCACAUCAGACUGACCAUGAGCUAUCCAACGAUCAAGUCAAGGCCCUCUCGCGACCCCUUGCACGAUUCUCAAUCUAUCUCGCCGAGGAUAACAUGCUGGCGCAAUCGCUCUGGAAUCCACCACUCAACCUAUCGCACACUUUGUCCUCUUCCGAUCUCGCCUACACAUCCGUCGGGGACAUUCGCACUCUGGCCGACUACACGAGUCGUCGGAUGCGAUGGAUUCGUGUGCGCAAGUACAUGGUGCUCGCACCAACGUUGCUCGAGCCAUUGACCGAAUCCAUCCUGUCUGGUCUUGUUGGCUGGUUCGUAUGUUCAACACUGAUGCUUCCCACCGUCUCGACGCCCUCCCAAUCGUCGUCGCUGUGGAGUCGACUGCUGUUCUUUUGCGUCCAUUUUGGUGCAUGGUUUGCGGUUGACUAUACAGUGUUCCAGCGUCUGUCGGUGGCGCACGAGUUCUUGGCGUGCAAUCCGGGUGUAAAUAAUGCCGACCGCAUGAGCAUGGCCGAAUUUUGUGCUGCUUGGGUGAUGCGCGAAGCUCUAGCACUUCCCAUAUGGGCGUGGGCUAUUGUGGGGAGCACCGUCUCUUGGCGCAACAAGACCUUUCGCAUCCUCAAAGGCGGCCGAGCUGCCGUUGUCUCAACCACUACUAGCGCUAAGGCCAGUUCGAGAAGGUCCAAGAUCGGCAGCCCACACGAUGCAGACCCUAGUCCUCUUUUGCAACGAGAAUGA